CCACUGGCGGAUUAGAAAACAUUCCAUCCGCGGAGGAAGUCGGUCGGGACUUUCAAACAUGAAGUAAAAACUUUAGAAGAAAGUCAUUUGACUGCGGGACCAGUCUUGGCUCCUGCCGAGGACUCCGCCUGAGGAUAAGAUGUGUUUUAUGACAUGAAGAAGUGCUUCUGUAGUUGUGUCGCUGUCAGAGGAUGGCAGGUAUUUUUACGUAUUUGGAGGAUUUGAAGCGGGGGCUGAAGGUUGACGUCCUGCGGGAAGCCGGCCGUCAGUACCCGCUCUCCUGCUUCCUGCUACUGUCCAUGGUGUUUCUCACGGUGCUGCUCAACAGGUAUAUCCACAUCCUGAUGGUCUUCUGGUCGCUCCUGGCUGGUCUCAUCACUUUUUAUUGCUCCCUUGGACCAGAGUCUCUUCUUCCAAACAUCUUUUUUACUGUAAAGCCGAGGAACAAACGGCAGGAGCAGGAGUUGUUUCCUCUGGGCCACAGCUGCGCUGUCUGUGGGAAGGUCAAGUGCAAACGUCAUCGGCCGACUCUGCUCCUCGAAAACUAUCAGCCAUGGUUGGACCUGAAGGUUCAUUCAAAAGUGGAUGCUUCAAUAGCAGAGGUGUUUGAGUUAGUUCUCGAGAACUUUGUGUACCCCUGGUACAGGGACAUCACGGAUGAUGAGGCGUGUUUAGAUGAAGUUAGAAUGACCUUUCGCUUCUUCGCAUCAGUGCUUGUUCGCCGAGCUCAGAAGGUUGAUAUCACGACUGUGUUUGCAGACAAAGUGAUGAAGGCUGCAAUGAAGCACAUCGAAAUUAUUGCAAAAGCUCGAGAAAAAGUGAAUAAUGUGGAGGGUCUACAGCAGGCAGCCCUGGAUGAAUACGGCGCUGACCUUCACAUCGCUUUGCACAGCCGAAAAGACGAGCUGCUCUACCUGAGGAAGCUGACUGAGAUGCUGUUUUCAUAUGUGAUGCCACCCAAAGCGACAGACUGCAGGUCUCUGGCUCUGCUGCUGCGGGAGGUGAUGGCUGGAUCUGUUAUCCUACCAACCUUGGACUUCAUGGCUGACCCUGAUACUGUGAACCUCAUGGUGCUCAUAUUUGUUGAUGACACCCCGCCAGAACCAGCCACAGAGCCUCCAUCUGCUCUGGUUCCGUUUUUACAGAAAUAUGCAGACGUCAGCAACAAGAAGCAGUCUGUGCUGAAGUUGGAGCUGAAGGAAAUCAGGGAGCAGCAGGAUUUACUGUUUCGUUUCAUGAACUUUCUAAAGCAGGAAGGAGCCGUACAUGUGCUGCAGUUCUGCCUCGCUGUUGAGGAGUUUAAUGAUAAGAUCCUGAGUCCAGAGCUGCGUGACGCUGAGCUGCAGCGUUUACAUGGUGAAGUGCUGCACAUCUACGAGACCUACUGCCUGGACGAAAGCAUCGACAAGAUCAGCUUUGACCCGUUCAUCGUGGAGGAGAUUAGGAACAUCGCUAAAGGUCCGUACACUGGUGUGGUGAAGCUGCAGACGAUGCGAUGUCUGUUUGAGGCGUAUGAACACGUCCUGUCUUUGCUGGAGAGAGUUUUCACACCGAUGUUCUGUCACAGCGACGAAUACUUCAGACACCUGCUGAGGGGAGCAGAGUCUCCUACAAGAAACUCAAGAAUCAACAGAAAUAGCUUCAUUUUGGAAGAAAAUCGAAACCUGUCGAAACGAGGAGAGUCGUUCGGUAUCAGCAGAAUCGGCAGCAAAAUCAAAGGUGUGUUCAAGAGCCAGACUAUGGAAGGAGCCAUGCUGCCACCCAGCGCCAUGAACGACAUGGAUGAUGAUGUGGUGGAAGAGGCGACUGUGGUGAUGGAGGACGACACUCCCGAUGAGCCAGCCAGCACACCGGGCUCUCAUAGGAACCUGUCGGCUUGGAGCAUCGAAAUUCCCUUCAUUGACUUCUACAAUGAUUUGGCCAAAAAGGAGAAGAUUCCCGUUUUCUGCAUCGAUGUGGAACGCAACGACAGGAAGGACGUUGGUCAUGAAACUGAGAAGUGGUCAGUCUACAGAAGAUACUUGGAGUUCUAUGUACUAGAAUCAAAACUCACUGAAUUUCACGGCACAUUUGCAGAUGCACAGCUUCCAUCCAAAAGAAUUAUCGGACCAAAGAAUUUCGAGUUCCUUGCAUCAAAAAGGGAAGAAUUUGAGGAAUAUUUACAGAGACUACUGCAGCAUCCAGAGCUCAGUAACAGUCAGCUGCUGGCAGACUUCCUGUCUCCUCACAGCAUGGAGUCUCAGUUUCUGGACAGGAUGCUGCCUGAUGUCAACCUGGGGAAAAUUUUCAAGUCUGUUCCAGGAAAGCUGAUUAAAGAGAGAGGACAGAACCUGGAGCCUUUCAUCCAGUCCUUCUUCAACUCAUGCGAGUCGCCGAAACCAAAACCCAGCCGACCCGAGCUGACCAUCCUCAGCCCUACAGCAGAGAACAACAAGAAGCUCUUCAACGGUCUGUUCAAGAACAACGCUAACUUGUCGGGGGGUCCAGAGAUUAAACAAAACAGCAACUACUUCAUGGAAAUGGUCACUGUUGACGGCAUGUAUGACUACAUGAUGUAUGUUGGCCGGGUGGUGUUCUGCAUGCCAGAGUGGCUGCAUCACAUCUUGGCCGCUGGAAGGAUCCUAUUCAAGAGCACAUUUGAAGCCUACAUGGACCAGUACAUGCAGUCAAAACUGGAGCAGAUUCUCCAGGAGCACCGCAUGGUUUCCCUCAUCACCCAGCUCAGAGACGCCGUUUUCUGUGAGAACAGCGAGGAGCGAACAGCAGAGGACAAACAAGUCAGAGCGAAGCAGACGUUUGAGGAGAUGAUGAAAUAUUUACCAGACUUCGUAGGAAAAUGUAUCGGUGAGGAGGCAAAAUACGAAGGCAUCCAGCUCCUCUUCGAUGGUUUGCAGCAGCCGCUCCUCAACAAGCAGAUGACGUACGUCCUGCUGGACAUCGCUGUACAGGAGCUGUUUCCUGAACUCAGCAAGCAUGGAGUGAGGGAGACGAUCAUCGUGUGAACCAGAAGAUAAGCCAGACACUGUUUCAACAUCAUGACCAACAGAAGUGCAAUAUUCUCAAACUAUUUCCAAAAGCUCUGGGACAGUCGCUGCAUUCCAGUGUUUAUUAAUGCACUAAUAAAGAGAUAUAUUUAUUGAUGUCACUACA